CCGUCACCUCUCUCGUCCUGCACACUCAUAUCCUACUGUAUUCUAGCCGGACGAGUCAUGUCUGUGCAACUGAAUGCAUCUCUCUUCAAUCGACGUCUCCAAAUCAUCCUCGACGCGUGGAAUAAUGCAAGCAAUGAGAGCGACUAUAGCUCAAUAGCUGAUGUGGAUGCUAUGUUUCUACCGGCAGGCGACCCGGCAGGAGAAGACGAGCCUAUCCGGAAGGGUGUUGCGCUCCAGACAUGGCUUCUGGGCUAUGAAUUCCCCUCUACCUUUAUGCUGUUCCUCAAGGACCGAAUCUGCAUCCUUUGUUCGGCGUCCAAAGCUAAGAUUCUCUCCCAAAUCAAAAAUUCUGGCGCUCCGGUGGCCAUAGAUAUCUUCGUUCAAGCAAAAGCCAAGGACCCCCCGACGGACGCCCUGCCGCGCUUCUUGGAGGCCUACACUGCUAACAAGCGCGUCGGCACAUUGACAAAAGAGGCGCGGUCCGGGAAGUUGAUUGACGAGUGGGCGAAAACAUUGGAUGCAGUGGAUAAGAAACCGGCGCUUGUUGACAUUGUGCCCGCCGUGUCUUCUUUUAUGGCGGCGAAGGACGACGAGGAGCUGAAAUCCGUCCGGACAGCGGCCAGCCUCACGUCAACUCUCUUGACACACUACACGGUCACAAAACUGGAGACUAUUCUGGACAGGGAGUCGAAGAUCAGCCAUGAGACAUUCGCCCAACAGAUCGAGGCGCGGUUGGGUUAUGGCGAGGGUGACAACGCCAAAGGGCCCGACAUGAAAGUGUGGAGCAAGGGCAAGGGGCUCACCGACGUGGACUGGGCAUCGACAGAGUUCUGCUACACCCCUAUCAUUCAGUCACAGACGACGAGCAGUGGGUACGACCUAAGCCCAGCUGCGGAAUCAUCGUCGGACGACAUAGCGCACAAAGGUGUGUUCCUAGUGAGCCUCGGCAUGCGCUACAAGGGUUACUGCGCCAACCUUGGCCGAAGCUUCAUCGUAGACCCAUCGAAGGAACAGGAAGCGAUCUACGCACUAUUACUUUCGCUACAGUCCGAGAUGCUCAGCCAGCUCAAGGACGGUGCCGUCGGGCGGGAGGUGUAUCAGCACGCAUUGCAGUAUGUCCGAGACAAGAAGCCUGAGCUGGAGAAGAACUUCGUGAAGAACGUGGGACAUGGGAUGGGCAUGGAGUUCCGUGACUCGCAAUAUCUGCUCUCGGCCAAGAACGUGCGCAAACUGCACUCUGGAAUGAUUUUCAACCUUGCGCUGGGCUUCACUGGCCUUGAGCACGACGGCAAAAAGUACUCCUUGCAGCUCGUUGACGCGGUUCAAGUAUCGAACGAGAAGGCUGUCUGCCUUACGUCUGGCGUCAAGUCCAUCAAAGAUACGAUGUUCUUCCUAAACCAAGACGAUGAUGGCGAUGCUAAGGCUGCGCCUCCGAAGAAGCCUUCAACUACGAAAGCGAACGGGAACGCGUCACCUGUCAAGAACAAGAUGGCCGGCGGAAAGGUGCUCCGUAACAAGACCCGAGGCGCCGCACAGGAGGAGGCCAUUCAUACGGCGACUGCGAGGAUUGCGGAGCAUCAGAAAGAGUUACACCAACGGUUGCAGGACGAGGGAUUGACAAAGUACUCGGAAGGUGGCGGAGGAACUGGGCGUAAUGAGGGUAAAGGGUGGAAGCGUUUCCAAAGCUACAAGGGUGAGGCAGCUCUGCCGAAGGAGGCAGAGAGUCUGCGGAUCUUUGUUGACCGGAAAGCGCAAACCAUCAUUCUUCCUAUUCAUGGGUACGCUGUGCCAUUUCAUAUCAACACGAUCAAGAACGUCAGCAAGAAUGAGGAAGGCGACUUCACUUAUCUGCGGGUCAACUUCCAGACGCCAGGUCAACUUGCGGGAAAGAAGGAGGAUACACCGUUUGAGGACCCGGAUGCCACCUUCAUCCGUUCUGUGACAUAUCGGUCUGCGGAUGGACACCGUUUCGAUACGCUCUCGAAGCAGAUCACAGACCUCAAGAAAGAGGUGAACAAGCGCGAGGCGCAGAAGAAAGAGAUGGCCGACGUGAUCGAGCAAGACACUCUCGUCGAGAUCAAAGGCCGCAGACCUGCGAAGUUGCCCGAGGUGUUCAUUCGGCCUGCAUUAGAUGGCAAACGUUUACCGGGUGAAGUCGAGAUCCACCAGAACGGUCUGAGAUACCAGUCGCCGAUGGGAUCUCAGAAAGUUGAUAUCCUAUUCAGCAAUGUCAAGCACCUCUUCUUCCAGCCUUGUGAUCACGAACUGCUUGUGAUCAUUCAUAUUCAUCUCAAGGCUCCUAUCAUCAUCGGUAAAAAGAAAGCACACGACGUGCAGUUCUUCCGCGAGGCGUCCGAUGUGCAAUUCGACGAGACCGGGAACCGGAAGCGGAAGUACAGGUACGGCGAUGAGGACGAGCUGGAACUUGAGCAGCAAGAGCGGAAGCGGAGACAGAUCCUGAACAAGGAGUUCCGCUCGUUCUCAGAGAAGAUCGCAGAGGCGGCAACAGCAUCGACCGGCGACACACUCGAACCUGACAUUCCCUUCCGCGAGCUCUCAUUCGAAGGUGUACCGUUCCGUACCAACGUCCGGCUGCAGCCAACAACCGAGUGCCUCGUCCACCUCUCGGAUCCUCCAUUCCUUGUCGUCACACUGUCUGACAUUGAGAUCGCCUCUUUGGAGCGUGUCCAGUUCGGUCUCAAGCAGUUCGAUAUGGUGCUCAUCUUCAAAGACUUUACGAAAACACCGCUCCACAUUAACUCCAUCCCAAGCUCACAACUCGAUGAUGUGAAGCAGUGGCUUGACUCUGUUGACAUCCCGCUAAGCGAAGGUCCGGUCAACCUGAAUUGGGGACCCAUCAUGAAGACCAUCAACGAGGAUCCUUACGAGUUUUUCCAGCACGGUGGCUGGACCUUCUUGGGUGGCUCAGCAGGUGGAGAGGAGAGCGAUGCGGACGACGUCUCGGACUCCGAGUCAGAGUUCGAGGCUGAAGAGGAGCAGUCGGAGAGCUCCCAAGCUAGCGAGAGUGACUUCUCCGAUGAUGGCUCCGAUGCUAGCGCCGACGAGGGCAGUGGCUCGGACUUCGGUUCGGACGAUAGUGACGGUGAUGAUUGGGAUGAGUUGGAGAGGAAGGCGGCCAAAGCUGACAAGAAGCAAGUUGAGACAACCAGAGCCGAUUCUGAUGAAGAUGUUCGUCCAAAAACGAAAUCCAAGCCGAAGCCGAAGGCAAAGGCCAAUGGAAAUGCGAAGAGCAAGAAGCGAUGAGCGAUGGCGUUUUGGUUGUAUCCUGUCUUCGCUAACCGUUCUGAAUCAUGACCUCGCAUCUAUCUCAUAUGUAUACUUAGUACUGUACGUCCGCUGAGGUGCUCGUUGAUGGCUUCAUAUCUGACAUUGCGUCGAGUGGGCAUGUUCCGUUUUCCUCCCAAUGCCUCAACCGAGCCUGCGUACGAACAAUCUUCAAUUCUGUGAGGCUUGCCCCUCCUCGUGAGCGAUCCUCUAUGCGCAGCCGUACACGCCGUGCACACCUCGAAAAGAGGGUCCGACCAAGCAGCACAGUGUACACCACCCGAGGGUCGUAAGGCCUGGACAAACGCCUCCGAGAAGGAAAUACCACUAUAGUGAUUGCGCACUGUGCUAGUGGUCACAUCCGUCGACUCGAACGUGACCCAGUGGAGUGAGAUCGAGCGCGGGCUUUACAAGUGCUUAAGUUAUAUAUGUCAGGCUCCACGAAGCACAACUUGAGAACUUCGCUCUUCC